GUUAGAGAGAAAAAAACCGCUUUUAGGCAGCCGAGAGAAGACAGCGCAGAAACGCAUCGUAGUCACUCAUUCGCCUCUCAACGACUUCGCCCACGGCAAAUUGUAUUUGCCUCCUCGUCUCUUUCGCCCAACUGCUGCUUCUCUCUCACAUCUCAGCCCGCCAAGGUUGAGCUUGUGGAGAUUAGGUGACCAGGUCAAGCUCGUGCACAUAUCAAUCUGCGCUAACACGCCGUCGAGUUUCCCGUCUAUUCGGAACCUCUCUCGCUUGGCUUUCCCCUCGAAGGCGCAUUGACCGGGAAGGCAAGAUGAAGUUGUUAACGCCAAUCACAUCAGCCCAAGUGGCAUGUCUACUUGGAUACAUUCAACUGCUCUCCUACUGGGCCUACGCCGAGUAUCUCGAAUACAACAAGUCCAGUCGUCCAAAAGCCCAUGCGGACGACGAGAAGAAGCCGACGGACGAGGAGUCAGCGCCGCUCGUCGAUGCGUCGCCGGGAACCCCCAGCAGCAGAGCGCUCGCUAACAGCACACCCACCACGAUCGGCGGCAUCGUGCGACAGUACAUAGUCCGGUUUCUCACCAUGAACGAGUCGUUUCUUCUCGAUAACCGCCUCACGCUUCGCGCCAUUGCCGAGUUUGGGGGCCUGAUCCUCUAUUAUUACGUCUGCGAUCGCACAGACAUCUUCGGCGAAUCCAGCAAGCACUACAGCCGCGACCUGUUCAUCUUUCUGUACGCGCUAUUGGUGCUGACGUGCUUCUUCACGUCGCUGACGAAGCACACGGGCGCGUCCCUGGCGACGGGCAAGUCCAUUCAGUACCUGAACCGCCACCAAACGGAGGAGUGGAAGGGAUGGAUGCAGAUCAUCUUCCUGAUGUACCACUACUGGGAGGCGCGCGAGAUCUACAACUCCAUCCGCCUCUUCAUCGCGGCCUACGUGUGGAUGACGGGCUUUGGCAACUUCUCCUACUACUACGUCCGCAAGGACUUUGGCCUCGGCCGCUUCUGCCAGAUGAUGUGGCGGCUUAACUUCCUGGUGUUCUUCUGCUGCCUGGCGCUCACCAACGACUACAUGCUGUACUACAUCUGCCCCAUGCACACGCUCUUCACCAUCAUGGUGUACGCCGCGCUCGGCAUCUACAGCAAGUACAACGAGCUGCCCGCCGUCAUCGGCAUCAAGAUGGCCAUCUGCUUCGUUGUCGUGUUCCUGCUCUGGGAGGUCCAGGGCGUCUUCGAGCUCGUCUGGGGCCCCUUCACCUUCCUCAUGGGGUACAUUGACCCGCGCAAGCCGGACUUGCCGCUGCUGCACGAGUGGCACUUCCGGUCGGGGCUGGACCGGUAUAUCUGGAUCGUGGGCAUGAUCUACGCCUACUUCCACCCCCUCGUUGAGCGCUGGCUCGAGAAGCUCGAGGAGAUGCACCACAUGACGAGAAACGCCAUCCGCGCUGCCAUCGUGGCUGUCUGCCUCUCGGUGGGCUAUGUGUGGUACGUCAACGUCUACUGCCUGGACAAGUUUGCCUACAACAACUUGCAUCCAUACACAUCUUGGAUCCCCAUCACCAUCUACAUUGCCCUGCGCAAUCUGACCCAGCCCCUGCGCAAUUGGUCGCUGGCGCUCUUUGGCUGGCUGGGCAAGAUCACCCUCGAGACCUACAUUGGCCAGUUCCACAUAUGGCUCAGGACGGGCAUGCCCAACGGCCAGCCAGCCAUGCUGCUGAGCUUUGUGCGCGACUACCCUCUCGUCAACUUCAUGCUCUCAACAGCUGUCUACAUCCUCGUGUCGAUGCGCCUGUUUGAGCUGACCAACACGCUCAAGAACUCGUUUGUGCCGCACAAGGACAACACAAAGCUGGGCGCCAACACAGUGGCCGGCACCAUCUUCAUGGGCGUCACCUACAUCUCCGCCGUGCUGCUGCUGCUCGCCAUCCGCCUGCUGAUCCCAGCUGAUGCCAUCUUGGACAUGGCUGGCAAGCCAGCCGAUCCUUGAAGAUCCAGCAUCUUCACCUAGUGGCCUUGAUAACCCUAGAAACCGCAGCUCCCACAACAUGAGACAAUUAUAUGACUGGAAAUUGUCUAUUUUGUUGACUUUCUUCUUUUGUUGUCCCCUCGGGAAGAUUUGCUGAGCUCUUUAGUAGUGAGCUCCUUCGCAAGUGUUACCAAUACUUGCAUGUUCCCUUAGGACGUAUUCCUGAGCAUCAGAAUCACAAACCAUUUUAGACUUCUAUUGUGCAGCGUGGUCGAAGGUUGAAAUGAGAAAUCCAAUGUGGUUCAGUUUUGAAAUUUAUGAA